CCUGAUGUUAGCUAGGUCGAAUGGAGGAACGAAAUUGCCAGACCAGAUAGUGAUUUUUCUCUGAAUCCUAUUACAAAAAAGUACAUCAAUGCUCAAAGGCCCAAGGUUCACAAUCCAAACCAUCACAGGAGGUACCACCAGAUCUAAAUGGUCUUACACAGUGGUUUCCCCCUCCUCUGGAAGUUUUAAAGUCAAUCUUGAUGGAGCGAUUUCCAAUUCCAUUAAGGAAUCAGAAGCUGAAGUGGUGAUGCGGGAUUGCUAUGGGAAGUUUGUGUAAACUCCAGCCGGAACAUGUGGAGGCAUUGGCAGCUUCUGUAGCUUUGGAUUUUCGGUUAGAAUCUGGUUCAACCAAGGUGAUACCGGAAAAAGACUCAAAGGGAGCUUAGUUUGAUCGCUCAAUCAAUGAUGAAAGGAUUUAAGGUCGCAGUAACGUUAGGACUAUUUCUCUGUGCAAUUUCAUCUGCUGUUCAUGGGGUGUCAGUAUCCUGUAUGAUGGCAUAUGAUGAAGGUGGUGUCCCUGCUGUUUUUCAAUCUCCAGAGUGCCUGAAGUGGCUUCUACUUGUUGAGGCUCAUCAAAAUCAGACUGAUAAUUGUCAGUUUGCCACACUUCAAGGGCAUAGGGAAUAUCAAGAGGACUUCGUUACAUGCAAUCUUGAUAUGAAGAUACCUAUUCCAGGUAAAUAUGGGCCUGAGAAGGUUACAGUAGGUCUGGCAGCAGUAUUUGAUGGUCAUGGUGGCAAGGAAGCAAGUGAGAUGGCUUCAAAAAGUCUUCUGGAUUAUUUUUUCCUCCAUGUUUUAUUCAACACAUACAAGCAAACAUUGCCCUACAAGGAAGAACAUGAUAUGGUUUCUCAAGGUCAUAGUGAUGAACCAGCACACCAUGUUUUAAAUCUAAGUUCUCAGGAAGCACUCCCAGUAGUUGACAAUGAAUCACUACAUUGCAUUUUGAAGGAAGCAUUGUUAAGGACAAUCAAUGAUAUUGACUCAAAAUUUUCAAAGGAAGCUUUCAGCAAUCACUAUGUUUCAGGAUCUACUGCUACUGUUGUUCUUUUGUUAGAUGGUCAAAUUUUAGUUGCCUUUGUUGGUGAUUCAAAAGCACUCUUAUGCUCGGAAAAUAUUCAGUCUCGUUUGGAUGCGGAAGGUACUUCAGUAACGGAACUUUAUGCUCAGGAACUAACAAGAGAUCAUCAUCCAGAUAGAGCUGAUGAAAGGGCCCGUAUAGAAGCAGCUGGUGGUUUUAUUCAGAAGCGUGGUGUGCCUCGUGUCAAUGGUAUAUUGGCCUUGUCCAGAUCUAUUGGUGAUGUUUACUUUAAAAGGUACGGUCUUAUUGCUGUACCUGAAGUGCUAGGUUGGCUAUCCUUGACAACCAGUGACAUCUAUCUGGUGAUUGCAUCCGAUGGGAUAUUCGAGAGCUUAACCCCACAGGAUGUUUGUAGUAUCUUAGGUAAUGCACGCACCCAAGGAAACGAGAUGGCGAAGAACUCGUCUUCAUGUUCUGCCUCGUCAUCGUUGGCUGACUGCGUUGUCAGUGCUGCACUUACGGAAGGCAGCACGGAUAAUUUGUCAGCUAUUGUGGUUCCAUUGAGACCGGCUGGUUCCUCCCAAGAAUAUUUAGACGAGUUGUGACAUGGAGCGCAAUCAGUUCUUUAGCUUUAGCACUGCAAUUACGAAGCUUAUAUCUCGUUCUCUCCGAAAAUCAUUUGUAACGAGGGCGUCAGCUCAACCGCAUGUGUGUGGCAACAUAUGAAUUUGAAGACCCAAAGUGCCUAACAUUCUAGAACCGGAAGUACAGGUAUGUAUUGCUUGAAUUAUGAGCACAACCAAAUCAGGAGCAACUCUAAAAGGCUAGCUAAAAUUUCUUUUUUAGCUAUUUUAUAUAGCUUCUUCUUAAAAUAUGGAUCUAACAG